AUGAGGGCACUCCUACUUCUCAGUCUCCUGUUUAUGUCAAUAGGUGCCAAGGUCUAUGAGAAAUGCGAAUUUGCUCGGAUUUUGAAGGAUAAAGGAUUAGAUGGAUUUCACAGGCACAGAUUGGCGGACUGGGUGUGUAUGGCUGACAUUGAAAGUGGAUACAACACAACGUUAAAAAGAUAUUACCGCUAUCAUGGAAUAAUCACAUCAACUAACUAUGGGAUUUUCCAGAUUAAUAACAAGGAAUGGUGCAAUGAUGGCACACCUGCAUUCAGCUACAAUCUCUGUCAAAUCAGCUGUAGCAGUAAGUUGACCAACACUACAUCCAUCUUGUUUUUGUCUUGUACCUGCUGUAGUUCUAUGAAUAGCACUCAACCUCUGAACCAGAGGAUGUGA